AAUUUAUCGAUACUAUCGAUUACUAUAGCAGCAGCGGCAGUAGUACCAUCAGCAACAACCGCAACAACAACAUCAUCCAUCCAGCCGCAAUCGCAACAGCCACCACCACCUCCUCCUCCUACAGCUAAUCAACAACAACAGCCGCAAACAAUAUCACAACCAUCAUCACUUCCUAUAUCAUUACAACAACAACAAUCACAAACACAACCAUCAUCAACCGUAUCAACACCACCAUCAAAUCAAUAUUGUCAAAUGACAAAACGUUUUAAAUUAGGCAUACAUGGUCGUAUGCGUUCAUUUGAACGUGAUGAUCAAAUAUUUAUACAGGAUUUACAAUGUUCACCAUGUCCAUCACCGGGUUAA